GGCGAUACUUUUUUGCAUCUAUACAAUGCCGCAAUCGCCCUCCAUCUGAUCUGCGUUCUCUUAUUCUCUCUUUCACUCGUUCUCAACCCAUGGAUCUCCCAGUGAUCGAUCUGUCCCCAUACCUAGAGAUCUCAGCCGUCGAUCACGAGCCUCCGAGCCUGGGACCUGAGCUGCAGAGCUUGUGCUCGGAGGUGAGCCGAACCCUAAGGGAAACGGGAGCGCUGCUGGUGAAGGACCCUCGAUGCUCUGUCGAAGACAACGAUCGGUUCCUCGACAUGAUGGAGAAUUACUUCGAGAAAUCGCAAGAGUUCAAACGCCUCCAAGAACGCCCCCAUCUCCAUUAUCAGGUUGGUGUGACGCCUGAAGGGGUUGAAGUCCCACGCAGCCUGGUCGAUGAGGAAAUGCAGGAGAAGAUAAAAUCAAUGCAGAAGGAGUUUCAACCAUCCACUCCUAUGGGACCAGACCUUAAGUGGAGAUACAUGUGGAGAGUGGGCCCACGGCCAUCAACCACCCGCUUUCAGGAACUGAAUUCUGAACCUGUCAUACCAGAAGGUUUUCCUCAGUGGAAAGAAACCAUGGAUUCAUGGGGCUACAAAAUGAUAUCUGCAAUAGAGGCUGUCGCUGAAAUGACAGCAAUAGGAUUUGGCUUGCCAAAGGAUGCAUUUACUUCUCUUAUGAAACAGGGACCUCAUUUGCUUGCUCCAACAGGUAGUGACCUGCAACGUUAUGGCCGUGAGGGCACGGUGUUUGCGGGAUAUCAUUACGACCUUAACUUCCUAACAAUCCAUGGCAGGAGCAGAUUUCCUGGUCUAAACAUUUGGUUGAGAAAUGGACAAAAAGUAGAAGUGAGUGUUCCUGUUGGAUGCCUCCUAAUACAAACAGGAAAAGAGCUGGAAUGGCUCACUGGAGGGGAGUGUUUAGCUGGUAUGCAUGAGGUUGUAGCGACUAAUAGGACAAUUGAUGCUAUAGAAUCAGCACGGCAACAAAAUCGCAGCCUGUGGAGAGUUUCCUCGACAUUGUUUGCACAUAUUGCUUCAGAUGCUGUGUUGAAGCCCUUGGGCCACUUCGCCAACUCACCACUUGCAAGCAAGUAUCCGCCCAUUUGUGCGGGAGAUUUUGUUGAGCUAGAGCUUGCAGUAAUCAAUCUGAAAGGGGAGAAGGAGAAUUCAUGAUCUAGAACGGGAGAAUAGCAGACUUUGCAUUCGUUUGCUUUUGAAAGUCAGUCCUUUGAUCUCAUGAUUAUUAAGUUGUGGGAGAGCCCCAUUUGAAUGAAUUUUAAGUGAAUGUACUAAAAAUAUAAUGUCCCUUAACUUGAUUUCAAUUUACGAAAAAUGGCUGUUUAAGAUGGCCAUGUCAUAAUCUUUUUUACAA